AUGGAAAUAAGCGCGCUAUAUAUAGUAAAUACUUUGUGUAUUGGCCUGGCCUAUACAGUUUGUAUGAUUGUAUAUAUUAAUUGUGAAAAGUGUACAUAUACACAAUAUUGUAAAAUUAAAUUUCAAUCACAAGCUUCAAAUUUGGGACAUGAAAAAGAAGAAUUUUGCAAGUUGAUCAUACAUCUCGAUCGUUGUAUUGAAGUAGAACGUCCAAAAUGUGCACAAGGUCUCACGGAUGAAGUAGACAGAUUUCUGCAGGGAUUAUAUGAUAACGAUCCAGAAUGUAGUGGAGUUCCUAGUUUAGAAUUUUCAGUUGUUAUACUUAUUUCAUCAUUAGUAUUAAUAUUCAACAUUUAGCCCAGAUUGGUGUAAGCCUGUUCUUUUCCUGUUGAUUUAUAUAAUGGUGGUAAUCUAAAACUAAAACCCACAGAACAGCCUUAACCAGUUUAAAUUACACCAUACAAAACUCUGCCUUGUUAAUUGUAAAUAUAGAGACAUGUAUUUAUAAAACCCGUAGGCUUAAAUUUGCCUUAUGGGCUGAUAAAAUAUUGUACCUAACAUUCAGAAUUUAAAACCUGUUUCGAGGUAGUUGCUUCAUUCCCGCUCAUUAUAUAUAAUUAUUAUCUGAAUGCGGAGCGCUGCUCAUUUUGGUCUGGAAGUAACGACUUCUAAGGUUGUAUGCGAAUUAGAUCUCGGACUAUUUUUGAAAAGCUGAAGUUGAGCUCUCUCAGCUGGUGAAGUAUUUAGCCCACUCUUUUCCUCUAAAUUACG